AUGACAGCAACUCCUCGAUUGACACUGUCUGAAGUGACCUUGUCCCCUGUCCAAGAUGAUGACUUGGUCGCAAUUGCUAAAGGCUACUACGAGUGUUUCGGACCAUCAUGGCAUGAUUCUGUUGAACCUCUGUCGGGGCGUCCCUCACUGGAUAUCCGUGUCGCUCGAUUCGCCAAGCGAAUGAAACCUUGGUUAACGGAGCCUGGCACGAACUGGACAAAGGCCACAUUAAAAAGCAAUGGUGAGAUCAUCGGGCACGCGGGAUGGUCAGAGCCAGGGCGCCAGCCUUUGUGGAAUGUCUGGCGGCAUGAUACGUUCCAGGGAUUGGGACAUGCCGAACGAGAAGGUUGGACGCCCGAAGAUGUUGAAGACAUGUGGUCUCACGUCGACACCGAGGCAUGGAGCUCUGUCUUCACAAUGUGGGACGGUGUCAGGAAGGAAUUGAUGGCGGCUGAACCACAUUGGUAUCUUGCUCCCCUUUGGGUAAUGCCCAAGUACCAAGGGCGUGGAGUGGCCAGUUUGCUCCUACGACAGGUGACGGAUGUUGCAGAUGCACAAAGUCCACCCACGCCUGUAUAUUUAGAGGCCAUGCCAGACGCCCGCCCCGUCUAUGAGCAUCAUGGGUUCAAGGGCACACAUCACGAGAAGACGAAUUCUGUGAUGAUCAGACGAGGACCCAAGACGAUAGUAAAGCAGUGA